AUGCUAUUGACAUAUGGAAAUAACAGUGGGGCCAUAUUCAUCCUCUUGGGCUUCUCAGAUUACCCGGAACUGAAACUCUUACUGUUCUUGAUAUUUCUCACUAUCUACAGCACCACUGUGGUAGGCAACAUCGGCAUGAUCCUCAUCAUCAGAAUUAACCCCAAACUGCACACCCCUAUGUACUUCUUCCUCAGCCACCUCUCCUUUGUGGAUUUCUGCUAUUCCUCUGUCAUUGCUCCCAAAAUCCUGGUGAACCUUGUUGCAAAAGACAGGAUCAUAUCAUUUUUAGAAUGCAUAGUACAAUACUUUUUCUUUGCUACCUUUGUUGUAACUGAAUCCGUCUUACUAGUGGUGAUGGCCUAUGACCGCUUUGUGGCUAUCUGCAGUCCAUUGCUCUACACAGUAACCAUGACCCAGAGACUCUGCCUCAGUCUGGUGGUGGCAUCCUAUGCAUGGGGACUGACAUGCGCCUUGACGAUGACGUGCUCUGCUGUCCAGUUAUCCUUUGUUGGUGUCAACACAAUCGAUCAUCUCUUCUGUGAGUUCUCCUCACUUAUAGCCCUCUCAUGCUCAGACAUUCAUGUUAACCAAAUCCUCCUGCUCUCACUCUCCACUGUGAAUGCUGUCAGCAAUUUCCUUCUCCUCCUCCUGUCCUACGUCUUCAUCCUUGUUACCAUACUCAAGAUGCAUGCAUCCCGUGGACGCCGCCGAGCCUUCUCUACUUGUGCUUCCCACCUGAUGACCAUCACCAUCUUCUAUGGCACUAUCCUUUUCCUGUACUCUGUGCCCAAAUCAGAGAACUCAAAGCUCACAUUCAAAGUGGCCUCUUUGUUUUAUACACUGGUGAUCCCCAUGCUCAACCCCCUGAUUUACAGCCUGAGGAAUAAAGAUGUGAAGGAUACAAUCAGGAAAAUAAUGAUGGUUAAAUUGAUAAUUUUCCUCAAUUCAUCUUCUCGAGAACUUUGA